AUGCAUGUUCAUAUAGACCUCAUAGGUCCCUUGCCAGUAUCUCAAGGAUUUAAAUACUGCCUCACAGCUAUCGAUCGAUAUACACGUUGGCCUGAGGUGGUACCGCUACAAGAGAUCACAGCAGAAGCCGUAGCCAGAGGACUUUUACACGGCUGGAUAACACGGUUCGGCUGCCCCAACGACAUCGUUACUGAUCGUGGCAGACAGUUUGAGAGCUGCCUCUUCAAGCAUCUGUCUGAGCUAGCCGGCUUCCAGCAUCGUCGCACAACAGCCUACCACCCGGCGUGCAAUGGCCUCGUGGAGCGCUUCCAUAGACAGUUGAAAGCUGCUAUUACCUGUCAUGCAACUAGCAACUGGGUAGACACAUUACCCUUGGUCCUGCUCGGUAUACGUAGUGCGUACAAGGAGGAUCUCAACGCUUCGACUGCUGAGCUCGUAUACGGGGAGCCACUGAGGUUGCCAGGAGAGCUAUUACACGCCAUGACGCCCGAUGACACCAUAGAUAUGACUGAUUAUGUCGCACGCCUGCAUCAGUUUGCUCAUGAUCUCGCUCCAGUGCCAGCGUCUCGCCAUACAAGCAAUAGACGAGUGUUCGUUUAUAAGGACCUCAAAACUGCCAGUCACGUACUGCUUAGAGACGAUGCAAGUUAUCCACCACUGCAGCCAGCGUAUACUGGUCCGUACGAAGUGCUUGAAAGAAGUGAUAAAGUGUUUACGUUGCGUGUGAACGGCAAAAGUGUAACAGUGUCCAUAGAUCGCAUUAAACCUGCAUACAUACUGGCGAAUGAGCCGAUUGUUCCUACUCCUGUCCCACCUGUUCAACCUACUCCUGUUCCACCUGUUCAACCUGCUCCAGAGACUGAAAACACGGUAAAAAAGACAAAGUCAGGACGUACAGUGCGUGUCCCAGACCUUGACGGUCUCUGGAGGGGGGUGAUGUAG